AUUCAAUUUGACAAAACACAACAUACCCCUUGGACGCAGCCUAGUUCAUUACACUAACAUCCCACACAAAAUUUUCUUUUUCUCUUUGGUUUAGCAAUGAAGAGACAGAGAGAUAAUUGUCUGAUGCUACUUUGUUCUCCACAAGAAAGCAACAAAGCACAAGAGAAAAGUUUUGGGUCGGUGGAAUUUGAAUGCAAGACCUGCAACCGCAAGUUCUCGUCUUUUCAAGCACUGGGUGGCCACAGGGCUAGCCACAAGAGGCCGAAACUAGAGGGUGGUGAAGAACUCAAAGAAGAGGCAAAAUCUCUGAGCUUGUGGAACAAACCCAAAAUGCACGAGUGCUCUAUUUGUGGCCUCGGAUUCUCUCUGGGUCAGGCAUUGGGUGGCCACAUGAGAAAACACAGAGGUGCCAUCAAUGAAGGGUUUUCUUCUAUCAACCAAGUUAUUGCAAAAAUCCCAGUUUUGAAAAGAUCGAAUAGCACCAGGGUUAUGUGCUUGGACUUGAACUUGACACCUCUUGAGAAUGACUUGAUGUUUGGGAUGAAGUCACCCCCGGUUCCUCUUUCUUUGUUCUGAUCAACUUGACAUUUUUAUCUGUUUCAAGACCAUGUAUUCUUUCAAUUUUUUUGUAUAAAAAUCCAUUGGUUUUUCCCUUAUGAAUGAAUGAUAC